AGGUAUUAUUUCCCGUCUGCUUCGCUGGCAAGAAAAAUAUUUCGGUAUAUCGCAUAAAGAUGUGGUUAAUUUUAGGCCAAAUAAUCUCUUUAUGAGAGGAAUUGAUACUGUGAAGCAAGGGAAUUCUGAGCUCUUCAGAUUUAUCGGAGAAAAGAUUAUGUGGGAGGCAAUGGGUAUCAAUAACACAUGUUCAAUUCGUAAAAUUGUUGAAGACGCUCUCUGGGAUGCUAGAUUUAAGCAGUGGGAUUUUAACCAGUUUGUUGCAAUGUCUAAAUGGAAGGCUAAAGGAAGCCUCGCAUGCAAUAAAAUCUUUAUAGAACGGAUGAGAGAAAGAAUAGCAAGUGGAGAAAAAAAUAUAAAGAUCCCUGACUCUGGCGAGCAGUUUAAUUAUGUUGUAGUGAACAAUGGUCUCCGCUAUAAAGAAGAUGGCACGAAAUCAACAAGGAAGGGUGAUUAUAUGGA